AUGGAAAUUAACGAUCAAGAUACGAAGUCGAACGGCACGCAGAUUAAUAAAUCAAAAGCUGUGAAAGACAUGCACGUCGAAGUUGAUACGGGUUCGUCCUCACCUCCGAGUCCUGGAGACACGGACCGGACUAGUUCUGACGAGGACGGGCGCGGGAAGGCCAGAGUUACCGUCACGGCCGUGGCGUGCGACCGCGACAGCCUCAAGGCCAAGACGUUCAUGAUUGCAAGUCUACUUUCGAGGGAUUUACGCUGUAACAGGUCGGAGGAGAAUGUGAUAGGGAGGGGAGAGGAGGCUGAGAAGGACAUGGGAAAGAUGCUGGGAGACCAGGAUGAUGACAGCACCGGGGAGGCAGCAAUGCUACAUUGGCCGAUUCGAGGGGACAGCGAUGGCGGAACUGCAGCUAAUGCGGAAGAGCGUAGAAAGCGCCCCCGUACGGCUUUUACUGCUGACCAGAUCCGCACCCUAGAGAAUGAGUUCCAAAAGAACAAAUACCUUUCAGUGACGAAGAAGAUGGAACUGUCCUCAACUUUGGGCUUGACGGAAACUCAGAUCAAAAUUUGGUUUCAAAACAGACGGACCAAAUGGAAGAGGAAGUACACCAACAACCUCGAGCUCCUGGCUCAUCAACAUUACGCCAGUCUCGGCCUGCUCUCUCCUCGACCCAUGUACAUCAGUGACGGAGCGGGUAGGGUACAGAACAUGCCUGGGGCGGGAAGGUCGUACUUUCCCUUCCCGAUUCCGUAUCCGUACCUGCAGCACCCAUACGCCUCUGCAGGUGCGCAUGCGCUGUCGACAGGGCAGACGACAUUCCCACCGUCCGGAACAGGAACAACGCCACACCAAUGGGCGGUGUGA